GCACCCAUCGCUAUAUUACCUUGCCAGUCAAAUACCCACAAUGACCAAACGCCCGCGCGACUUCGACAUUCAGUGCCAGCUUGACGACAUCACAACUGAGCUUAAAAAAGCUAAAAAGCAAGUGCGCGUGGCGCAAAGCAACGUGGAGGCGACCGAGUCCGCCAAGGACGCGCUCAAGGCGAGAGUUGACAAGAUAAAGCAGAAGCUCGAGACGCCAGGUCUGAGCGAGCAGGAAAAGGCGGCGCUGAUUGCGAAGCGGAAGAAGCGCGUCGCCAAUUUGCAGUAUGUGGACAAGGAACUCCAGCUGUGCAUGGAGGUGUCGCAGCUGCGCAGCAAAAAGCUGGAGCUGCUCAAGGAGAUGGAGCAGCUGCUGCUCAAUUGGCUGGACGAGACGCCGGUCGACGAUGCCGCCACCGCUAUGAUGGCGCGGCUCCGUGAGCUGCGCGGCCGCCUGUUGAAGCCUGGCGGCGUCAUGGACUUCCCCAGCCCCGGCCUUCUCUUUGACCCCAAGGCCACGCAAGUGUACAUCCGCGACUGCUACAAGCCGCUCUUCAAGGAGCUGGUGGACUCCACGUGCAAGGACAUCAUCAUCACAGGCACGCCGGGCAUCGGCAAAAGCUCCUUCCUGUACUACCUGCUGGGCCGGCUGCUGGCGCUGCCGCAGCCGCCGCCCUACAUCCUGUGGGAGCAUCACAUCAAACCCACCAAGAUGUGGCGCUAUGACUGCGCAAGUGAAGAAGUGCGCACGGGCACCCGGCGGACCUUCGAGGAGCAGUUGAAGGACAAGAAGUCGUGGUACAUCUGCGACGACAUGAUCCCGAACCACUGUGUGGCCGCGCGCGUCAUCCUUAUCACCUCGCCGAACAAAUCCACUACGAAGGAGAUGAAGAAGUCGGUUGCCAGAGUGCUGUACAUGCCGCUGUGGGACCAGGAGGAGCUGCUGGCGUGCCGCGAGAAGGUGUACAGCAACGUGCCCAAGGACCUGGCGGUGCAGCUGUACGAGCGGUACGGUGGUGUGGCGCGCUACGUGCUGCGCGUGCCGUCGCAGUUGCCGGAUCUGGAUCUGGAGAAUCUAACGAAAGAGCUAGCCACGGCGCUGCACACAUUAAGCAUCGAUCAAGUCACCUCGGGCAUUGGCAGUCUCGAGGCGGGGCCGGAGGUCAGCCACCUUGUGCUGCACAUCAUCACCACCUACAGCAACGACGAUACCAACACCGACGAGUUGUUCGAGGUGUCGCACGUGGACUUCGCGAGCCGGUGGGUCGCCGACGCCUGGUUGGCCAAGAAGAUUGGGGACGACCUCGCCAAGCUGGAAAGUCUGGUGAGGCGCUCGUCUGGGCCCAUCCGCGGCUACGCGUUCGAGCGCCUCAUGCACCGACUGCUGGCCAAGGGUGGGACAUUCACCAUCCAGCGCAUCGACGCCCAGCCCAUCCAAAGUAAGGCUUGGACCCGCUCGGAGCCGGACGAGCUCCCACUGCCCGCUGCCUCCAAAACAAAGAGCUUCAAGGACAUCGGCGACCUCCUGGCGCACGGCGACGGCAAGCACAUCCCAGACAACGUGUACUUCACGCCGGAGCGCACCGACUUCCCAACAGUGGACGCAGUCCUGCGCCGGGGCAAGUCGCUGCUGCUGUUCCAGUUGAACGUCUCCAGCCGCGGCAAGAUGCUGAGCGCGAGCGCGCUGACGGACCUGUACGAGCGCCUAGGCGUCUCACGCCUGAAGCGCAAGGAGCGCUACACAUCCCUGCAGCUGUUCUUCGUGGUGCCCCCCGACGUGCACGACAGCUUCAAGCUGCGGGCGGACAGCAGCUCGUGGCCUCCAAACGGCGAACAGCAGCCGGACGCCGCGCGCACCUGCGUGUAUGUUCUCAAGGGCGGUGGCGCGUCGUAGUAGCCAGCAGUUCGGUUGCCGCAAGCACCAGGCUGGCACACACACAUACACACACACACACACACACACACGGCGUAGAUAGUGUCCAGUCUAGCGGCGGUUAGCAGAUUGCGUGGGAGAGAAGGCAACUGCAUGCAUGCCUGGCUCUAUGAUGACGGCAUGGAGGCCGGGUGUGUGUGUGUGUGUGUGUGUGUGUGUGUGUGUGUGCAUUCAGCAGUGCGCGUGUGUGCGAACAUGACCAUGUGAGUGCCGGCAGGGCAGGGGUGCAGGAGUGUUGUAUGCCGUAGUAUUCGCACUGCUAGUACUUUAGAUGCUAUAGGGUGGCCGGUGUGUACUUGAUGCUCGCUGGGACGUUAUGACGAUCUCAAUGCCACGGGGGAGAGGCCUGCGCCGCGGCUGGCUUUUGCUUGAAGCUUCCGGGGAAACAACAAGCAAGGGAGCCGCCGUGGCGUACGAGUGCUUAUCGACGACAUGGGUGCGUGGGGCAAUGAACGCAACGACACGUGGGGGGAGUAUCGAUGACCUUAUGGGCACAGUCGCCUGUGGGCACAGGCGACUGGCUCGAGAGAUGUCUGUCCCUUAUUGUCACUAUGAGCAGGAUGGUGGCGAUGAAGACGGUUUGUGAUGGCUUUGGGCGGCAGAUAGCUGAGCGAGGCGGGGCAGGCGACGGUCGGUGCACCUCAUCUCUUGUCUCUUGACAAGGCCCGCUGCGCGGCUGUUUCAUCGACGCGAACAUACAUGUAUGUAUUGGGGGGGAGAUGAAGGUACUUAAUUUUGUUUGUACAUUUGUCGGACUCCUGGGGCGGCCUGUCCCGAGACGUUCCACGUGGGCAUGCUGGGUGGCACGCCUGCUGGCAGGGGGCAAGGGCGGAGUUGAAGUUGUGUGACCUGGUUGGCGGAGCGCCCUGCUGCCCGCCGCUGACUGGCGCGUGCCGACCGGGGGCAAGGGGUUGCGCUGCAGCAGGGGACUAGCGGCCGGGGUCUCAUGCCGGUGGGUGGGUGGCACCAGGAGGAUGGCAACUUCUGAGGUGGGGGCGGGCUGGCACUGCGGUGUGUGCAUAGGAACACCAAACACAGUGGCGUUCCUCCUAGCACGUUGGCGGUGCGGCGGAGGCGUUGAGGGAUGUGGUACGGCUCAAUCUGUGGGUGGCUAAGCUGGGCGUUUGUGUUGCCGAGAUGUACCAUACGGGUGUUGCAGCUGCUUGCGGGGCGCAGCAGGAUGGAGGAUGUGCGCUUAAAGAGCACAGGGAACAAAAGGAUGUGCGUGUUGUGCAUCAGCUGGCUGGCGAAGCCUAGUGCGGAGGAGUCUUGGCCAGUGAAGUCGAGUGUCAUGACCUGGCGCGUGUGCGCGAGCAACGUGUGUGCACAUGCGUCGUCGUAUGCCACAUCUACGGCGGUGUUACGGCGGUUAUACGGUCUGGUCAUGAGCAUCACACAGGAUAGCCUUCGGUGGGAUACUGGUGCAGCCCAAAGUUCUUGGGCAAGUGUGAAGCAGCUAUUGGCUUCGGCCUUUUGCUUCCAAGUGUUCCCUCAUGUUAGCCGUCUGCCAGUC